CACAUCACACUUGUCCUGCAGCUCUCUGUGCUCAGCACUUCAGCCAUACAGUCUGUGACCAACAGAGAGACAAGAGCUACUGAUAAUGUCUCCGGCCUUGCACACAGCAGCGCACAUGAUCCCCCCUCAUGCUCUGACCCGGCUGGCACAAGAGUGGCUGGGAGAGGACGCGCCAAACUUUGAUCCGGCGGGAGUGUGUGUGGGGUCACAGGAGAUCGAGGCCAGGUUGCUGUGCAAAACACCACACAGUGUCCUGGCAGGGAGCCCCUUCUUCACUGCAGUGUUCACUGAGGUCGGCUGCACCGUGGACUGGGUUUUCCAGGAGGGAACUGAGAUCGGUCCAGAUGCCAUCACACUGACUGCUGUAGUGAGAGGCCCAGCAAGGUGCCUACUUCUUGGCGAAAGGCCGGCUCUCAACUGCCUGGCUCGGGCCUCUGGGAUUGCAACUCGCUGCUCUCAGCUCCAGGCGAUGGCAACAGUGAGAGGUUGGCAUGGAGAAGUAGCCGGCACACGCAAGACAACCCCGGGCUUCCGUCUGGUGGAGAAGUAUGCCAUGCUGGUUGGUGGUGUGUCCAUGCACAGACAGGACCUCAGUGGGAUGGUGAUGCUGAAGGACAACCAUAUCUGGGCAUCAGGAAGUAUCACACAGGCUGUGAAAGCUGCCCGGUCUGUAUGUGGAUUCAGCAGUAAGAUUGAGGUGGAGUGCUGCUCUGCAGAGGAGGGUAGAGAGGCGGCCGGAGCAGGAGCAGACAUUGUCAUGCUGGACAACUUUCAACCUCAGGAGCUCCAUGUUGCAGCUCAAGCGCUGAAGGAGGAGUUCCCUACUCUCUUGAUAGAGGCCAGUGGAGGAGUGACUCCUGGCAACAUGGCUACGUAUUUCUCCCCACAUGUGGACAUCAUCUCCCUGGGCUGCAUUACACAGGGCUGCCCAGUUGUGGACUUUUCUCUGAAGGUUCAAAAGCCUGUUGCUCACUCAAGCCUCCAGGAAUGAUGAUGAUCACCACCAACAGGAUGCACAGACAGUCCCACACUGACUCACUUAUGACGUUUUUGAACUGUCUAUAAAAUGUCUGAUGGUGCUAAAGAUUGAGAAAUAAUUCACAUCCUGUUUGCUCCUUGCAUAACUAGUGAUUUGAUACGGAUCAGUAGAGAACAGAACUAGAAUGUACUUGCUUAUCUACAGGGGCUACUCUAUCUACUUAUUGUUCUACCCAGUACAUAGAAAAGUUAAAAGUAACUCCACCACGACAGCAUGAUGUUGCUCACACGGUGUCCCAGUAAUGAAUGACACAAUUCUGUAUAAUCAUUACUUCAAGUACAUUUUACUUCUAAUAAUUAAGUACUUGUCUAAAGUAUCUGAAUACAGGCCUUUAACUUGUAAUGUUAUUGUAUUUUUACUCUGGUAUUGUUGAACUUAAGUAAAUGAUCUCAGAACACUUGGAGGUAAAACAUUCUUUAUUACGCCACACUUAUGAGAUGAAACAGAGCCC